AUGGGGAUCGGCCUGCUGCAACAGCAGCCGUCUGGCACUGCCGAGUCCGACGGAGAGGGGCCGCCCAGGGUGGACUUCGUUGACAACACAAUAAAAAGCCUCGACGAGAAAUUGCGCAAUUUGCUUUACCAGGAAUACGUUCCUACUUCUUCUGCAUCAGCAGGGACUCCAGACACCUCUGUCCCAUUAGAACAGGGCGACAGCGAAUUGAGCUUGCCGCCUUUUCCCGAAGAUUACGUUCCCGCGUUGGCGUUGGAUUUGAGAGAACCUGGCCGUAACGUAGCAGACACCGGGCAGGAGGUGAAAGCUGCUGCCGAGGCCCGGUCGGUGCCACUCGUACCGUCGGAGAUGUCCCCCUACCCAGCACCGUUCGAGAAGUUGGAGGUCACCGGUGUCAGUGCUCAUUCCUCGGAAGCAGGAGGUGGGUCAGCAGGCAGAAAAGGUAAUGUUCCUGGCAGUGAUGCAUCCGUAGCACGUGGUCCUCUUCUCCAGUGUCCCCUGGCUGCUCACCCUUCUGGUUACCUGCAGAGCACUGCCCAGCACCGGCCAUUUCUCAUCGCUUUUGCACUUUUCAUUGUUGGUGUCAGUACGUGUCAAAUGAAAGGCGUGACUUACCGCUCCGUCUGCAGUCAACUGCAGCGUUUUGUUGCACCUACAUCACCAAGCAUAACUAAACAGAUGGAAACUUCUAAAAGGAGCGAGAAGGCAAAGACUGUGACUUCGUCUGCACACACGGAUAAUGUAACACAGAUAUCUACAGCAGAUGGGGUGAUAAAUAACCUUCAAAGGGAUGACUCUCUAGACUCUGGUUCCUAUGGAAAACAGGCUGAAGCUCAUGAUAGCGGCACACCAGCCAAAACUAUUGGCAGGUUUUCAGUAAUCAGCACGCAAGACGAAUUAACUUUAACAGCACCACACUGCUUAAGGUUCUCUGCACCCCCAGACGUCUAUUUGGAUGAGCUGCCUUCCAGCCCUGAUCUGAAGACAGCUGUCCGACGGGUGCAGACGGCAUCUUCUGUCGAUGUCCUCUGCGACCAGGGUUCGAGCGAUUCUGCUGAUGAGCCUUUCCAUCGGCAGUCGGCUGCGGCUGCCCAACUGUCCCCCCCGAGCAGUAGCGCAGCCACUGACUUAAUUAAAAAAGCAGCUGCUUUCCUGCAAAGAUCUGGCAAGACUAGCUCGCUGGGCCUUGAGUCACCUAAUGGGCAAGGAGCUAAAAUUCCUACCAUCAACAUAACGUCUUUCCACUCGCAGUCAUCCUACAUGAGCAGCGACAACGACUCGGAAUUUGAAGACGCAGAUAUGAAGAAAGAAUUGCAGAACCUGAGAGAAAAGCAUAUGAAAGAAAUUGCUGAACUUCAGACUCAGCAGAAAAAUGAGAUAGAGGCACUGUAUAUUCGGUUAGGAAAACCCCUUCCUCCCAACCUGGGGUUCCUUCACUCAGCCCCACCAAGCGGCCGUCGCCGAAGAACCAGCAAAAAUAAAUUGAAAGGUGGAAAACUAUUAAACCCUCUGGUCCAGCAGCUCAGGAGUGGAACAUCAAGCACAAGUAAUCUUUCAGACUCUAAAGACUCACCCCACAAAGAAACCACUAAAACUCAGCCUGGCUCUCCGGAAGCAGCAGCAGUCACUUCCCCGGCACCGGCCGCCUUUGGGAAGGCUGUUCAGACACAGCAGCCCUGCUCCGUCAAAGCCUCUUUGUCUUCUGACAUCUGCUCCGGCUUAGGCCCCGAAGGAGGUGACGUGAACGCGAGCUCUGGCCAAGGCUGGACGGUUUUCCACCAAACGUCUGAGAGAGUGACCUAUAAAUCUAGUAGCAAACCUCGUACCAGAUUCCUCAGUGGACCUGUGUCUUUGUCCAUCUGGUCCACCUUGAAACGACUAUGUCUAGGCAAAGAUCACAGUAGUAGAUCCUCGACAAACAGUCUCGUAACGUGUCCUGAGCCCCUCCCGCAAUCGACCCUACAGGUUCAGGCCAACAACAGUAACAACAAGAAAGGGACAUUCACAGACGAUCUUCACAAGCUGGUUGACCAGUGGACAAGCAAAACUGUUGGAGCUGCACAGACAAAACCUUCUUUAAACCAACUGAAGCAGAACCAAAAAAGGCAAGACAUGGAGCCAAAGGCUAAUCCCAUGCAAACACAGAAUGAGACCUGUGGAGUAAGUGGCGCUCCUUGA